AUGGAAGAUAAAUUACAAUCAUUUUACUGGAAUUGCUUACUGCCGGAAAUCGUGGAUCCAGCAUUUAAAUAUCGACUUUUAAUUUCUGACAUACGAGAUCCAAAAACAUCUACGGUUAAAACCCCUAAAGCAAAAAAAAAAUUGUUCUAA